AUGGCCCUUUUAUGGAGCUGCUCUCGACUCAGCUGCCUCCUUGCCCUCCUCCUUCUCUUGCUGCCUCCUAGCUAUGCAGGACAGUUCAGAGUGAUAGGACCCGGGCACACCAUCCGAGCUCUGGUUGGGGAUGAAGUAGAACUGCCGUGUCGCAUAUCUCCUGGAAAGAAUGCUUCGGGUAUGGAGGUGGGGUGGUACCGUCCCCCCUUCUCCAGGGUGGUACACCUCUACCGAAAUGGCAAGGACCAAGAUGCAGAGCAGGCACCGGAAUAUCGAGGCCGAACAGAGCUGCUCAAAGAGUCUAUUGGAGAGGGCAAGGUGAUGCUCAGGAUUCGGAAUGUAAGGUUCGCCGAUGAAGGAGGUUUCACCUGCUUCUUUCGAGAUCAUUCUUACCAAGAGGAGGCAGCCAUAGAAUUAAAAGUGGAAGAUCCCUUUUACUGGAUCAACCCUGGGGUGCUGGUCAUCAUCGCCGUGCUGCCUGUGCUGCUCCUGCAGGCCGCUGUUGGCCUCCUCUUCCUCUACCUGCAGCACAGACUGAGAGGAAAACUUCGAGCAGAAAUAGAGAAUCUUCAUCGGACUUUUGAUCCCCACUUCCUGAGGGUUCCUUGCUGGAAGAUAACACUCUUCGUAAUCGUGCCAGUGCUUGGACCUCUGGUUGCCUUGAUCAUCUGCUACAAUUGGCUCCACCGAAGACUAGCAGGACAGUUUCUUGAAGAGCUAAGUAAGUUCACUUCUCAUUUUAUCAGCCAAGAACAAAAUGUCAGGAAAGGAAGAUCGAACAGUGUGGAGUGGAGGGAGGAGCCUUCUAGUGAGGGACACCAGGAAGCCAGGCCGCUCCCACCUGCGGCCUGAUCUGCACUCCGUAGCUGGACUCUCUAGCUUCCUUUUCCAUUCUCUGCAUAAGAUGACCCCAGCGGGCUUUUUAUUUCCCAGGUUCAGUGGUUUCAUGGUAGAAAACUCAAUUUUUUUUUCAAGUUAUCUUUUCCUUCUUCUAGGAAACCCCUUCUGAGUGCUGACACAUUUUGGCAGAGGCACAGGAGAGUCUGGUUGGUCCAGAGUCUGGCCCUUGGGAACAUGUCAUCCACCCACCGGACUCUGUUGUGGACAUACUUGUUCUGCACAUCCACAAACACUGAAUUCCAAAUAGAAUUGAUGUCCCUUCUGUCUUCUACUUUAUUUCAUCCUGUCCCACUUUUUGUCUAUCAACAUCCUUCUCUCCCACCAGGAAGCACCUUAUGCCAGGUCUCCUCUUUGUCAGAGGACACCUAUGCAAGAACAGAAAGCAACAGACCAGAGGUGUUAUGCCAUGACCUGAAGUCCCAGAACCUCCUCUUUCCAAUUACAGUCCAUCAAGUUUGCAAAUGGGGGCUGUUUCUUCCAAGCCUCCAGCCACGAUUGGGGUCGAACAAAGAAGCAAAGUAGAGCUAUUCGAGAUGCUGAGUAAACUGCAGAUGAGAAGUGUGGCAAGCCUUAUGUAAAACCUGGGGAUAGCUUCCCA